AUGUUGAAACAGAGUACGUGGCGCUGCAGCAUCUGCAGGCGAAAGCUGCAGUCGCGUGCGGCGCCGCCCGUCAUGACGCAGGAGUCCACGGACAGCCUGCUGGACGUUCCAGUGUUGGAGGCGCUCCAGCGCAGACACUCCGACGUCAAGAUCGGCUCCGGCAGCUCGCUUACCGUCAGCGGAGGUGGCGGCAGCGGGCUGGCGCCGCCGCGGUCCCCGGAGCUGCGCCGCCACUCCGACGUGUCGCCCGCGUCGCUCAAGGAGCUGGAGAAGGAGCUACGAGCUGGGGGGCAAGGAAUUCAGCAGGCGCAGGCAGCAUCCAGUGAGCCGCUCGACGUGUCGGUGGGGGUGGCGCCGCCGGGACCCGUCGGCCGCAGGGCGUCCUUCCGCGUCGUGCCGCAGCCGCAGCCGCAGCCGCCGCCGCAGGACAAGGCCGACGACGGCACACAAGCUGCAGCGUGGAGCAGCUAUCCGCAGCGCACCGUGUUCCAGACGUGCCCACUUGUUGCAGACUCUUCGCCGUCGCCGCUGUCGCCGGACGCCACGGCGCAGGCGCCGGCCGGGCUGUCGCUGGGGGUGGAGGAAGACCGCCGCACCAGGCGCCGCGGCUCACAGCUGCCAGAUCUGGGGAUGCGUGCGCUGCCACAGACGCCGCCUUCGUCCGGGACGCCGACGCCCCGCGGGGAGACGACCGACGCCGUGCGUCGCCAGACGUCCGUCACCGACGGAGAGGCCAUCAAGAUCGUCAUCCAUGACGUCGACUGCGAUUUCAUUUGCGGGUCCAAGCGCCGCGUGGUGCUGAGGAGGGACCCAGCCGACAAGGCGCACCGCAGUGAGUACCGCAGCACCACUUUACUCUUUGUACUGUAUUCUGACUAA